AAAGAAUAAAAUAUGGACGCAGAAACGAAAAAAGAAAAUUUAUCAAAUUUAGAAACAGAUAAGGAAAAAUUAUUAAAAAUACAAAUUAAAUUAGCAAAAACAAUUCAAGAAGAAGCUACCAACCUUUUGAUUAAUUUUCGUUGCGAUCUUGAAUCUUACUAUGUCAUUACUACUGAACGAAAUCCAGAUAAUAUAAUUAGUCGACUUUCUGAAAACACAAGCCCACUAUUACAAAUUAAUAAACUUUUGACCAAACUUAAAAAUAACCAAAUUCAAAUCAGAGUCUUUAAAAAAAGAUAUCAACAACAACUAAGAAAAGCGUCAUGGGCACAUGAAAGAAAAAAAAGAGUCAAUUACGAAAAAAACAUGGAAAUAUUCGAUGAAAUUAAAAACAAAAUUAAAAAAAAACCAUUUUGCGAUAAUAACGAUCCGAUGCAUGAACCAUUUUGUAUUAAACAAGAAAGAAUAUCAGAAGACUCGAGCAAACAAGAAGAAUUAUAAAUAAAAAAAUGGAUUUCAAUAAAAUCGAUUUCACAAACGAUUUAGUUCGCAUGACAAUGGGGAUGUUGCAGUCACUAUUAGAUUACGAUUUGAAAUUACAAAAAUUAGACCCUGAUGAUUCGCAAAUCGAUAUCUUCAAAUAUAUUGUGAACAGACUAGAAAACACUUUUUUAAAAUAUUUUGAACUCCUGCCAACCGAUCAAAAAAAAGCAAUAAUAGAAACUAAAAUAUUAGAACAUUAUUUCGAUGUUUUUGUUUUGUAAAUAUUAUUAUUUUGUAAAAUUAUUAGUUAUAAAAAAUUCUUUUUUAUUAAAAAAACAAU